UUGAGACAGAGUGCUGGAUGCAUAAGAUUCAGAGUAUUGCCAUACAUGCUUAUGACUAAACCAUAUGCAUUAAUUGAAAGUAUGAGUGGCUUAACAACCACUUGUUUUCUCACAUAUAUUCACACUAAAAUAAAUUAAAUGGUCUAAACCAAAUAUCAAUUUGGGUAACCCUUGAGCACUACAUUACAGACUAAUCUCCAAAUCAAUAGAAACAGAACAUUAUUCAGCGGCUGUAGUGAAGAUGGACAGUGCUUCUGUUCAGUCUUUUAUUUAUGGAGGCAUUUAUGAGGCAUCUGUCCUGAUUUCAUGAGAAAAGAAAAUUCAAAGGCGCUAUUCAGACAAAAUAAUUCAGAGGCUUUUGUUACAUGGGUGUAAUUUGCUACACUGUGUUUGAGUCAUACUGUCUUCUUUUCAUUUUGGAGAGCUUUUAGCUAAGGAGGGCCACACAUGAUUAAAACACACUGCGACAUAAUUUAAAGUGUUGUACUGCCUGGAAAUCAAUGGUUUUAGGCUCCCUUUGCUUUGGAAAAGAUUUGAUAUCAUCAUUAUUACAAUACACGUUAUCUAUUCAUUUUAGACCACUCAGUAGUGUAUAGUAGGCUCCCCCAUGUUUUUGAAUGAUGGUGAUUUAAGAUUACAGUGAAAAUUUAAAGACAGUCUAUUAAGAUCUUAACGCGUUUUGGGUGGGUUUACCAUUAGCAGACUACAUCGGUGCCUCCACCUAUAUACUGUCACAGUAUGCAUGUAAAUCAUUUUCUAACAUCUUAUGUUUCUGUUGGUGGUUGUGGUGGAUACGCAGAAGAACCUUAUUAUGAUCAAUAAUAUAAAUCAUGUAAAGCGAACCUAUUGCGCCACCAUGCAGUCAUCUUCACAUCACGUGUACAAACUGCGCGUGCUCCAAUUAUACAUCCGGCCGGUCCCUAUCAAUCGAUCAGAGAGAGUAAGAUGGCGGUGAAUGGAGUUAGCGGAGCAGGAUCGAUCACCGAAAAACUCGAUUGGGGUUGUUUUUCCUAAGUGCUCAAACAUUCCGUAACAUCGCACGGGCCAGCGGUUUGAUCCUGGUGUGAGACAGCAAUAACAAGAAGUUUUCCACAGAGCCUGUCUGCCUGCCAGGCACCUCCACCAUCCCCAAGGGUGAUGGACUUCCCGUGGCACAGUGGUAAGGUUCUAGAACAGCUUAACCGGCAGCGUAAGCAGGGCCUGCUGUGUGACUGCACCUUUGUUGUGGAUGGGGUGGACUUUAAGGCCCACAAAGCUGUGCUGGCAGCCUGCAGUGUCUACUUCUGCACACUCUUCCUAGACCAGAAAGAUGUUGUGCAUCUGGACAUCAGCAAUGCAGCAGGUUUGGGUCAGAUACUGGAGUUUAUGUACACAGCCAAACUGAGUUUAAGCCCACAGAAUAUAGAAGAUGUGAUGGCUGUUGCUAACUUUCUACAAAUGCAAGAGAUUGUAAAUGCUUGCUCUGCAUACCAAUCAAUGGCAAGUCCAGCUCCUUCCCUCAUAACACUGGAUUUUGGUGUUGAAGAAAAAACAGGUCAAAAAGAGAGAGAGGAACUGGAGAAUGAUCUGGCAGAGGUGGCAUCUCAAGCAGAGGAUAGUUCUCCUAGCAUCUCCACAGAAGAUAAAGAGCCCACACAAAAUGAGGACAGUUUAAAGGAGGACUCAUCUAUAGAAACACAGGAGACUGUUUCUCAGCCUUCCACAACAAGCACCUACUUGGGCCGAGCACGACUCCCCAAAACCACCUCUGUUUUUGCGCAGAAGAAAAUAUCUGUACAGAAGGAGAAAGAAAAUGCUUCACAAGAUGCAUCUGGAUUUCAGGAUGACCCCUCUGAUGCUGACUACAUGCCAAAAUCACAGCUGAAAUCUGCUGGCAGCUCAUCCUAUAUGAGCUCUCGUGGGAGAAGAAUCAGAAAACCUCCUAGACGGAACUUCCCACCUGAUAGUGACUCAGAUGAUGAAGGAAAAUCAAAAACAAAUACUGAGAAGAAAGUGGCAGAGCUGGCAGAAGUAGCUGAAGGUCAGGAGGACGACUCUGGGGAGACUGACGAUUGGGAAGCUGAUGAAGAGGGGGCUGGAGAGGAAGAUGGUGAGGUCAGCCAGCAGGUGGGAGGAGUUGAUAUGAGCAGCGAGAGCGAUGGAAGACAAACUCAGUCAGCGUCUAUGAGCAGCCGAUCCGAGUCAAAGCCUUACAGCUCUGUGACACACAAAUGUGAGGACUGUGGGAAGAAAUUUACACACACAGGUAAUUUCAAGAGACACAUGCGUAUUCACACAGGAGAGAAACCGUUCAGCUGUCGGGACUGCAACAAGGCUUUUUCUGACCCUGCAGCUUGUAAAGCCCAUGAGAAAACACACAGCCCUCUGAAGCCAUACUGUUGCUCUACUUGUGGAAAGAGCUACCGCCAGAUCAGCCUGCUCAACCUGCACUGCAAACGGCACACAGGUGAGGCGCGCUACAGCUGCGACGUGUGCAACAAGCUCUUCACCACAUCUGGCAACCUGAAGCGCCACCAGCUUGUGCACAGCGGCGAGAAGCCAUAUCAUUGCGACUACUGUGAGAAGGCCUUCUCCGACCCCACUGCCAAGAUGCGACAUCUGGAGACGCAUGACACAGAGAAGGGCAACAAGUGUCCACACUGUGACAAACGCUUCAACCAGAUGGGAAAUCUGAAGGCUCACUUGAAAAUUCAUAUCACAGAUGGGCCUCUUAAGUGCAAAGAAUGUGGCAAACAGUUUACCACUUCAGGAAAUUUGAAGAGACACCUGCGGGUCCACAGUGGGGAGAAACCAUAUGUCUGUGUGCACUGUCAGAGAGCUUUCAGUGACCCUGGAGCUCUGCAGCGGCAUGAACGCAUCCACACAGGAGAGAAGCCUUGUGUCUGUGUAGUCUGUGGCAAAGCCUUCACCCAGGCCAGCUCCCUUAUCGCUCAUGUCCGCCAGCACACGGGAGAAAAGCCCUAUGUGUGUGAUCGCUGCGGCAAAAGGUUUGUGCAGUCCAGUCAACUGGCCAAUCACAUUCGCCAUCACGACAAUGUCCGCCCUCACAAAUGUCAGAUGUGCAACAAAGCAUUUGUGAAUGUGGGAGACCUAUCGAAGCACAUCAUCAUUCACACAGGGGAGAAACCUUUCCUGUGUGAUAAAUGCGGCCGAGGAUUCAACCGUGUAGACAAUCUGCGCUCCCAUGUCAAGACUGUCCACCAUGGCAAGGCUGGUAUGAAGCGGCUAGUUGUAGCUGGGGGCAGUGCAGACGAGGGGUCUGACACAUGUGCAGGGACGGCCGCCUCUGACAACGAGAUCAACAUAGUUACCGUCACCACAGAGGACAUUGUUACCCUGGCAACUGAGGCCCUAGCAGCCAGUGCUGUAGCUCAGCUGACAGUAGUUCCAGUGGCUGCAUCAGUGUCUGCAGAUGAGACUGAGGCUUUGAAAGCUGAAAUCACCAAGGCAGUAGAGAAAGUGCAAGAAGCAGACCCAAACACCCAAAUCUUAUAUGCUUGUGACUCAUGUGGUGAUAAAUUCUUGGACGCAAUCUCCCUUGCACAGCACGUCCGUAUACACACAGCACAGGCCUUGGUCAUGUUUCAGGCAGAUUCCGACUUCUAUCAGUAUACCACAGCCACCAGUGCUGAGGGGGACACUGCGACAACGUGGCAACCCACAGCUGAACAGGUCAUCCAGGAAGGGGAACUGAUCUUCCGUGACCAAGAUGGAGAAGGAGAAGCAGAAGGAGGGAUGGUGGGGGACAGUGACCAAGAAGGAGAAGCAGAAGGAGGGAUGGUGGGGGAGUCACAAGAACAGGAAGAAGGGUCAGGAGUGGUAGGUCAUUUGGAGGGGAGAGAGGCUGGAAAGGUGGAAACCCCCACUGAAUUCCAAACAGAGAGAGGAGAUAAAGCUGCAACAAAGGUAGAGGUGAAAAAUGAAGACAUGGAGUGUGAGAGUCAGGGGUAGUAAUGGGGCAGAUAUGUGAAUGGAGUAUGAAAUAUUGUUUAUGACAGAAAUCUAAUUUAUAGAGGAGGAAAUACAAGAAAUGCUGUGAGUUCAUGAGGCUUUAGAGCUUCAGCAUUCUAUGAUUAAUGUAAACUUGGCCUAAACUGAAUUUGUAACAUGCAAGAUAAAAAAAAAAUAAAAUUUACAAUUAUCUCAAGAUUUAGGGCCAUAGAUCAUGAUGUGCAACCCUGGUUCCAGCAAUGGAGGUGAGAAAUAGUGAUUGAGUAUAUACUGUUGAAAUUUCUUUCAGAAAUAGUUAUACAACUUUAUAUGGUUUGUUUACUUUGACUCAAAUGCAGGAAUAUGCAUUGUCCUUUUAUACCAAAUACAUAAAUCACAAUUCAGUCUUACCUGCUGUAAUAUAACUUAAAGACCUCCUUGUUAUUCUUACAUUUCAUUCACAUUAAAUGUGUACAUUUUCUAUAGACAGUCAAGGUAUUUUAUUGUACUUAGCAGAAGUAUUUUCAUGGAAAAUAUUAUUCAGAGAUUAUUUGCAUGAACAUGUAUGGGUACUAAACAUUUAAAUGGAGGGGUAAUUACAGUAUAUUGUUUGUUUUCAAGAAGUGCGAUGUUAUUUGUUUAUGUUCUGGCAAACAUUGUAAAUACUGUUCGUGUUAUGUAUAAUCUGAGAAAGUCUUAAUGCCUGUAAUAAAACAUCAAGACAAAUAUCUGUUGUGAUGACAAACUGGUCAACAAUCCUCUGUUACAGUGGCUGCAAUAUGGUGUUUUUCAGUAUUGCAGUGAACUAUUCACAUUUACAUGAGGACUGUUUCACUGUCACCAAUUUAUGUCAUCAUUUUGUCAGUUUAUAUUAACACAUACAACAUUUAUUCUAUUAAAUAUCAGUAACAUUGUUUAAAGUCAACAGAAGUCAUCAUCAGAUCAAUAAAGACACAACAGUCUCACCAUCUUUGUGCUGA